AUGGAAAACACUUCCAAUUCUGCGUUGCUUGGUAACGCCAACAGAACCAUUCAAAAUAAUGAAAGGAAUGAGGAAUUAGCACAAGCUGAAAUAGGAGUGUCGUCUGCAAUUUUUAUUCUGGCAGUUUUCGGAAAUUCAACUGUUUUCCUGGUGUUUCUUCUGCGCAGGCGCAGUCUCACGCGAAUGCAUCUACUAAUGUUACAUCUAAGUGCAGCUGACCUUUCUGUCGCUUUCUUCAACGUGCUGCCCCAACUCAUCUGGGAUGUGACGUAUGUCUUUUACGGAAAUGACGUCAUAUGUCGCUUUGUGAAGUAUUUCCAGCUCGUGGUUGUGUAUGCUUCGGCGUACGUGCUUGUGAUGACCGCCAUUGACCGGUACUUCGCCAUCUGUCGACCUCUGGUCUCUCACCAAUGGUCAUCCCGGACUGUCCACUACAUGGUAGCUAUUGCCUGGAUCAUAUCACUUAUCCUUAGUCUUCCACAAAUUUACAUAUUUUCCUACAUGGAGCGGACACCAGAAGUGUUCGACUGUUGGGCCACAUUUGACCCGUCGUGGACUUUGGAACUUUACAUUACGUUUAAUUCAGUGACCGUAUACGUCAUACCGAUCAUAAUUUUGACUUUUUGUUAUGGGCGGAUGUGCUAUGCCGUCUGGAAACGAGGCAGGGUUGGGGAACAAAUAGUAUCAUCAACAAAUAUUCAAUGGAAUCAUACAGAUAUGUCGGAGAAAGCUAAAAAUAACCAGGGAAACGACCAAGUCGGAAAGGGAGAUUUACAUGGAAGUUAUCAAUACAGGAAGGGAGGUAGUUCUGACGGCCAUAGUCGCCAUGGACAGCCAAGAGGCGCUAUACCACGUGCGAAGGUUCGCACAGUUCGACUGACACUAACAGUGGUGUUUUGUUUCUUUGUAUGUAGCUCUCCAUUCCACUUCGCUCAGCUGUGGGCUGCGUUCGACCCGUAUGCACCUUUCACUAGUAAGUAG